AUGGCCACCGAAUUCCAAUAUCUGGUUCGAUCGAAAUGGCAAAUUCCUGUUCAAGGUCUAAACGAAGCAUUGGACGAGCUACAGGCAAAAUGCAAGCAAGAAGCCGAGUACAUUUCGGAUUCCGAAAAAGAGAUCUGGAGGAUGAAAGAACUAGCAAAGGAACAUCAAGCAAUUGUGGAGGGAAUGCAGGAUGCCGAUGGUCGAAAACCACCAAAACGCAGUACCGACUCCAAUUUCACCAAAUCCAACACUGUCCAGUGGGUCAAAUACGGCAUCUUUUUCAGCAAUGUCGUAUUUGCGGUGGUCGGUACCGUCAUCCUUGUCAUGGGCGCCUGGCUACGGAUAGACAGUAGAUUCCGAGAUUUUUUGAGUGAACGGUAUCGUCGCGUAGUCGAAGAAGCUUUUUGGGAGGCGCCAACCCUCUACGUUUUUUCCUAUAUUCUCAUCGUCCUCGGAGCGUUUAUGAUCGUCGUGUCGGUCAUUGGCUGUUGCGGCGCCAACGUCAAUGCCAAGCCGUUCAUGGUUGUCUACACGGUGUUCGUGUUUAUCCUGCUGAUUUUCACCCUCAGCUCUGGCAUCUAUUUGCUCUACAAGCGAGAGGGGAUUGACAUGGAGCUAUCAGACGCCUUGAACUACAUGGUGCAACAUUACUACCAGGGCCCAGGCAUUGUUCAAGAGAGUCUUGAUCAUCUUCAGCAGACGUUCAGAUGUUGUGGAAAUGCCGGCUGCUCCGAUUUUCGAGUGUUCCGUCAAGAUCCACCCCGAACGUGUGAUAUUCGAUGUGACGGAUGCCAUUUUCGAAUAUGGAACGCGCUACGCAUCGGUUUUGGCGCGGCGUGCGUUGUAUUUUUCUUCGUAUUGCUGUGCCAAUCACUUACCGUCGUGCUAACCCUCUAUCUAAUCCUGCGCCCUGAUACGCACGUUCGCGUCACCUACUACAAAACCAGAAAAUACAUGGCCCCACCGCCGCUGACAAGGGAAGUGCUGAAGCGCCAUGAGAUGCCCUAUGUUUUGAGGAGUCAUCGGAGGGCCGUU